AUCUGGAGAGGAAAAUCUCGUCAGCCUCUGGAAAUGCAGCCAGGUUUACUACAAUCACUGUCUUUUACAGCUCACUUUUAAGAGAAAGAAUCUUAUCAAAAGGAGGUCUGAAGGAAAGGUGAGUUGCAGGUGCUAAGAAAUAAGUAUGAUGAUGAUGCCCUGGUUGUUUCUGUUCUUUCUCCUGGUCAACUUCAGCUCACCUGCACCCAGGCUUUCGGAAAAAGAUAUCUGCCUCUUAGACAACAAUAAAUUAAGACAAAGAUUAAAACAGCUUCAAGACUUGCUUUACUUAUAUGAACUGCAACUGAAGGACAUCCUGGAGAACACUUACCAUAGAACUAAAAGUGGGCUGUUCUCAGGCAACAGGAGCAUGCAGCAUGAAAUGUUUUUACCCACAACCAGUGGAAACUUGAUAGUCUAUGACCAAGAUUGCUCUGCAGUGUACAGUCGGAAGAAGACAAAAAAUGGCUACUACCGGAUCAGGCCCCGAGCAGACCAAGAACCUUUCCUGGUAUACUGUGACAUGUCUGAUGGUGGGGGCUGGACCAUCAUUCAGCGGCGGAGUAAUGGCAAGGAGAAUUUCAACAGGAAAUGGGAUGAUUACAAACUGGGAUUUGGGAAAUUCCAGGGCAAGAAUGAUGAAUACUGGCUGGGCAAUGACCACAUCUACGACCUGCUUGCUAGAGGAGAGAGCUCAUUAAAAAUUGACCUGAUGGACUGGCAUGGGGAAAGACGUUAUGCCAUCUAUGAACAUCUCCAGCUUGCAAAUGAGCAGGACAAUUACAGGUUAUGGUUUGGUACCUAUUCUGGCAAUGCUGGCGACGCUCUGUCUGGUGGGAGCAAUUUUGAAAAUCAGUGGUCAGCCUCUCACAGAGGCAUGCAGUUCACCACAUCUGACAAGGAUCAUGAUCGGUUCUUGACAGGCAAUUGUGCAUCAGAGAACAAGGGCGGUUGGUGGUUUAACAGGUGCCAUGCUGUAAACCUCAAUGGGAAAUACUACAGAACAGGAAGGUACAGUGGGUCCCAUGAUGAUGGCCUGGUUUGGUCUACGUGGCAUGGGACGUGGUACUCACUAAAAUACUCAGCCAUGAAAAUCAGGGCUACAUUUUUUGUUGACAGUGAGAGUGGAGAUGGUGAGGUCAGGUCAGCUGAAACCUCCUGCUUUGAAAAGAAAGAAAGCACAGGCUGAAAAAGGAAGGUGCUAAUUGCUAGCCCACCUCUGUUGCCAGUUGCCAGACCUUGACUGUAAUAAUUGGAGUUGCACCUGCUUCUGCUAGCUUAAGCUAAGAUCACAAAUUGUUUAAGCACAGUCAACCAGCACUUGAAUGGAAAACAUAUUGACCUCAGUCAUAGAGUAAGUUUUGCUUUUCAUCAGUUUUCAGGACUUCAUUGGUAAUUGUUUAUGAAAAGCUCCCUGCAUCUUUAAUAAUCAAAUAUGUUUUUUUAGCUGUCUGAACUUUUUGAGGGCUACAUCUUUCUCAUCUUGAUUUCAACUGCCAAUGCCUCAGUUACAACAACAAAUAGGGGAUGGGAAACUGGAAUUCAUCUGGUGUGUCUUUGUUAGAGCAUUAUUCUGAAUCAGGAGAGCAUUUAAAAGCAAUUCUCCCUGUGGUCCUCAAUUGCCACACUUCAGCUUCAGAACACCCUCAGUGUGUGAAACUAAACCAGUGGAUGGACAUGCUACGAGAAACUUGGGAAAGGACUUUUUACAAGGGUUUGUAGAGGGAGUGGCUUUAAACUGGAAGAGGGUAGAUUUAGAUUGGAUAUUAGAAAGAACAGGUUGGAUUUUAGAGGGAACAGGUUGCCCAGGGAGGCUCUGGGUGCCCCCCUCAUGGAGGUGUUCAAAGCCAAGUUGAAUAGGGCCUUGAACAACUUGGUCUAGUGGAAGGUAUCUCUGUCCAUGACAGGGUGGUUGGAACUAGAUGAUUUUUAAGGUCCCUUCCAACCCAAACCAUUCUAUGAUCCUAUGACACUUUUCACAAUCCAGACAGUGUAGACACUGGGUUUCAUUGCCAUCAGCUUUCCACUACAGAUCCACUUCUAUAAGCAUAAAACAACACAACACAUUCAUGGAGACAAAGACAAUGCUGCUGACCAGACUUAGGUGCUAGUCAAAAAUUAGGCAGAUUUUCCUAAAUUUAAGAUGAGCACAGAUCUAAUUAGGCAUAAAAUCCAUGACUCAUUUGUAUGUUCUUAUGUAACUAACCAGAUGACAGGAGAAUCAGAAAGCGGAAAGCAAUUGACCCAUAAGACACACUGCUCUCAUUGUCUCAGAGUGAAAUGAAAGAGCAACACAAAUGACUGAAAUAGAAUACUGAGAAUUUAUUUCCAAGUUCUUAAUAACAACAGUUUUAAAUGAACAGUAAUUAUCAACUUGAUGCAAAUAAUUUAACUACCUUGUUAUAGAAAGAGCCUUUUUCUGUGAAGCACAGUAAUUUUUAAGUAGUAGUUCUUUUGCAUUUAUUUGCUUUUAGAUCCAUGCAUACUGUAAUUUGUACUAUAUAUCCAGAAACGAUGAAACAAAGCCAUCUGAGUAGGACUUAACACUUUGCAUCUGCUGUUCAACAGUAGGAACUUGAAGAGAAAUUUGGAUUAAAAUCUUAAGAAUAAUAGACGAAAUGCAUACUUUUGUUGUUGGAACUGGUGCCUUAGCACCUGCUAUUGUGGAUAGUUAGGAGGAUCUGCAAGAUAAGUUUAAUUUCCAUGGCUCAAGCUGUCCUGAAGACAAUACAGAGAUAUGUGAAGGUUCAGUGUAAAACUUGGUUUGGUUCCUCUAAUUUGCCAAGAGGUAAACCCUGAUCUCACUCCUUCAUAGACAACCCAGUGACAGCAAACAUGAACACCAGAGUUCAAUGAGCUGUCCUCCUAAGGCCUGUGGCUUGUUAAGACCGCACUGCUGCUCUUUUCUCAAGUGUUGGCACAUACCCAUGUGAAACAAAACUUGCACCUACUUUUCUGAAGUGAGGUUGCCCUUGUGAAAAAAGAGGCUGUGAAUAGCCAGCACUUACUAUUUCCUUGCUCUCUUACAUGUACUUAAGUCCAUCUAAUGCAUCACAGUAGCUGUUCUGAACACAACCCAACACUGAGACAUCUGGCUUGAAAUAAGGCUCCCCCUUCUCUGACCUCCUGUGACAUAGGGAAACCCCUCAGAGAUACAAGGGUCACAGGGAUUUGUGCAGGAUCCUGGGACUCCCACAGCAAACCCCAGGAAAUAUUUCAGAACACUUUUUAUCUUAACAAGCAGGGCAAAAUGUCACUAGCAGAUUACUUACUCGACCUGAGGACUAUUACGGAGCUCAAAUCACCCUCACAGAUGGUUUGGUAAAUACUUGCUGAAUGUCACUAUGCUGUACUUUCCAUCUCCUUUUUCUCUUGGGUCUCCCAUGCUGAGAGGCUCACAAAAGCUGUAAACAGAUACUGUAGCAGUAGAGGCAUAAUGCUGGCAGAUCACUGCUUUGGUGCAAACACGCAUUGCACGGUGGAGUUUACCCUAGCACGAGGUGGUAAAGUAGCCUGAGCAGCAAUUGCUUCAGAGGCCUCAUUUCCAGCUCAUUUUAGUCAAUUUAAAGGUUCAUUACAUUUGAUUAGCAUUAGACAGGUCCUCAAGUGUGGACAUGUUCUCAAAAGCUUUAAGCAGCAUUUCAAGCUGACAGUUUAUGGGAACAUGGAGCUAGUUUGAAAGCUGCACAGAGCCUGCUGCACUGAGAUCUGACACAGCGGCAUGCUGGCACAGCUCCUGGGAAAGCGGGAGCUCACAUCACCCUGCAAAUCAGAUCCAGCUCUCCGGCAGCAGCUGCAAAAUGUUACCCAUCAAGAAUGCUGUUCAAACAGCAGGGUUUGACUCUGGUAGUCAAGCACAGAGCAUGUGGCUCUUUGUAUGCUGUCACAGUGGAGCUUUUCACUGUGUGCCAGUCAAAUCACUUGUGCAUGUUUUGGACACUUCAGUGGGGUGCCAUAAGUAGCUGGCUAAUGCAUAACAAUGUUGCUCUCCCUUUAAAACUGUUGAUUUGGAGAAAAAAAAAUAAAGUGUAGGAUUGGGAAAUAUGCCUUUCCACUCAGUUUUGAGAAUGAUAGCAGCCUACUAACAGUGAACAGAGCAUGUGCCAGUUUUUCCUUCAAACUCACGAGGAAUGUUAAAGGGCAUGUAGAGUUGGGCUCCUUAUGGCAGAGAUGUUUCAAGACUGAUAGUCAUCUGCCUGGACCUACCUUCUCUCACUUCGCUCCGAGGGCAGAAUCUUCUUCUGUUGCUGCAUUCCCCUGGCCUUUGCAAACUCCCUGAAGAGAUGCCAUUCUAACAGAUGCCAAGCAGUCUCCGACUCUUUCUCACUGUCCUGAGCUCUGUCUCUGUUGUUAACUAGGUUUUCAACUCAGAUCUGAACACUUGCAGCAACUUGUAACCGCCAGUUUGUGAUCUCUGGCUUUAAAGCAUAACAGAAAAACCCAGUGUAACUUUUGUACUUCACCACAGGAUUCUCCAGGAAUCAGCAGAUGUUGUCAAGACAUUUUAUUUUCUCCUUUUGUUGGCAAAACAAGAAUUCCCCAAACAAACUUGUUGCUUGAUGGUUUUGUUCAUAACUCAUUUUAAGCUUGCUGUAGUAGUGUGAUUGUCAAAUUAUUUACAUUUUUAUAAGGUUUAAUAAAGGCAACGAUGACAAUGGAAAGGUUUGGUGA